ACGGAGGGUUGCUGUGCUGCUCUCGCCAUGCUGCCGGCGCGCCUGUGCCCUGGGCGGCUCCUCUCGGCCGCCCCGCUCCGCCGGGCCGCGCCGCGGGGAGCCGCCGCCGCCGGGGAGCCCGCCCGGGGCCCGGGCACCAGCCGCGCUGAGCAACCUCACAAAGUGGUUGCAAGUUACAAACCUUCGAAGUUUGACAAAAAAAUCCUCCUCUGGACUGGACGUUUCAAGAAAGAAGAAGAGAUUCCUCAGAGGAUCCCGCCAGAGAUGCUAGACAGGGCAAGAAACAAAGCUCGAGUUAAAGCUUGUUACAUCAUGAUUGGACUCUCCAUUGUUGCCUGUUUUGCAGUGAUUGCCUCAGCUAAGAAGGCUGCUGCACGUCAUGAGUCCUUAACAAGCUGGAACCUGGCAAAGAAAGCCAAGUGGCGGAAAGAGGCUGCGUUAGCAGCGGAGUCAAAGGCAAAGUAACUUUGUAUGAAA